AUGGCGAUGGAUCGAUCAAGUAGAGAAUUCACCAUGAAGGGGAGGAAGAAGCAUCACGUCCUGUCCUGCUGCCUGCUGAUCGCGGUUCUCAUCAUCCUCGGCAUCCUCGCUCUGGUGCUCUACAUCCUCUACCGCCCACUCCCGCCGCGCGUGCUGACCUCGCCGGUGGAGCUCGGCGUGGAGGACUUCAGCCUCCUCCCGCCGUCGCUGACGCUGACCGCGUCGGUGCACGUGGAGGUGGUCAACCCCAGCCGCUCCCCGUUCCGGUACGGCGAGACGGUCACGGCGGUGACCUACCACGGAGAGCCGGUCGGGACGACGGUGGUGCCGGCCGGCGGGGUCGGCGGGCGGACCACGACGUGGGUCACGCCGCUGACCGAGGUGGACGGGGUCAAGGUGGCCGCGAACCCGCACUUCGCCGGCGACGCGCUGUCCGGGACGCUGCCCUUCGUGGUCAUGGUGAGGCUGGACGGCAAGGCGCUCGUGCUGCGCGCGUUCGAGGUGAGCGCCACCGUCGAGAUCGUCUGCUACGUCCAGCUCUACGUCUUCCGCGAGGACAGCAGCUCGCGCUGCGUCGCCACCGUCCGUGCUGGCCCUCAACGCAAAUACUACUAG